AUGGCUAGACACUUGUCAUUUCUGACAUUAUUUGUUGCCUUUGUCCUCACAUCUCUUACUCAAGCAGCUGAAAUUAACAAUGUGUUCCAAAGUUUUGAUAGCUUAACAUGGGAAAAUGGUGGAAACUAUCAAUACAGAACACCAUCUGCACCUAGUUGGAUUGCAAGUUUGUCUUGGAAAAUCUUGGGUUCAAAUGUCAAGGCUGGGGAUACGUUUACAUUGAAUAUGCCAUGUGUAUUCAAAUUUACCACAACACAACAAACCAUUGACUUGGAUGUUGGAAACACUGUUUAUGCUAAUUGUCAAUUUGUUCCAGGCGAUUUAGUGGUUGCUUAUUCUCAAUUAAAAUGUACUGCUAGUAACAACGUUAAAGAUAGUACUGAUGCUACCGGUACUGUGAAAUUUCCUAUCACAUUCAAUGUUGGUGGUUCAGGUGGUGCUGUUGAUUUGCAAAAUUCCAAAUGCUUUACUACAGGUACUAAUGAAGUGACGUUUACUGAUGGUGACAAAAAGUUGACCACAUCGGCAAAUUUUCAAGGAGGAUCCAAUACUAACCAAGGCGUUUCAACCAAUUCUAUCGUUUACUACAAUCGUGUUGUUCCAUCCUUAAACAAGCAACAAUUAUACUUACUAGGAGGAACAUGCUCAAAUGGAUACAGAAGCGGAACGUUGGGAAUUAGAGUUAGUGGAGGAACCCUUGACUGUGAUUCGAUUCAUUCUGCUAUAACAAAUCAACUAAAUGCGUGGUAUUUACCAGAAGAGGCAGAUGCUAUUUCAGCAUCUUCAAGCUGCAACAGCCAAUCAUAUUCAAUCAACUACAAUAACAUCCCUGCCGGCUACAGACCUUUUAUUGACAUCUUGGCCAACGUUGCAACCGGUCUGAGUUUAAGUGUGAGUUACACCAAUAGGUAUACAUGUGCAGGCCAAUUGUUUCCCGUUGACAAUUCAAGACUGGUAACUUGGGGAAGAUACAACAACAACGAAGCAGGUGCCAAUGGUAACGAAGUUAUUGUUACUACCUCUACAUAUUACGGAUCAACUACUUUGGUGACUACCUUACCAUUCAAUACAGAGCCAGGCAAUACCAAAACAAUUCUUGUUGAAGUACCUAUUCCAACUACUACAGUUACUUCAAGUUAUACUGGCUAUUCAACGUGGACUACAACUAUUACUGCUACACCUGGUGAAACAGCUACAGUUCUUGAAUGGGACCCAAUCACUCCGACAAGUUCAGCGCCACCUUCCAGUACAUCAGAUACAAGUUCGGAACCGCCAUCAAGUACAUCAGAUACGAGUUCGGAACCACCUUCCAGUACAUCAGACACUAGCUCAGAGCCACCUUCCAGUACAUCAGAUACAAGUUCGGAACCGCCAUCAAGUACAUCAGACACUAGCUCAGAGCCACCUUCCAGUACAUCAGAUACAAGUUCGGAACCGCCAUCAAGUACAUCAGAUACUAGCUCAGAGCCACCUUCCAGUACAUCAGACACUAGCUCAGAACCACCUUCCAGUACAUCAGACACUAGUUCAGAACCACCUUCCAGUACAUCAGACACUAGCUCAGAGCCACCUUCCAGUACAUCAGAUACAAGUUCGGAACCGCCAUCAAGUACAUCAGAUACUAGCUCAGAGCCACCUUCCAGUACAUCAGAUACAAGUUCGGAACCACCUUCCAGUACAUCAGACACUAGCUCAGAACCACCUUCCAGUACAUCAGACACUAGCUCAGAGCCACCUUCCAGUACAUCAGAUACAAGUUCGGAACCGCCAUCAAGUACAUCAGAUACGAGUUCAUUCUCUCCGACUCAAGAAUCAUCCACUGACCUUUCAUCUUCAUUGUCAGUACCACCAUAUCAGAAUAGUACUGGUCCUUCCCAUUCAUCUUCUAAUCCAACAGGUUCAGAAUCGACAACUAUUCCUUCUGAUUUGCAAACAACAAACUCUGACACUGGAAAUACAGUGCCACCAACUGAGAGUACAACAACAACACCCGGAACUCCCCCACAAUCUACGACAACCACUGGAGGUAAUGGUAAUGGGGGACCAGGAACUUCAAACACAACACCAACAAAUACAGACACGACUUCAGCUACAACUACAAAUAUCUAUGUUUCAGAUACAACAGAGACUCAACCGACAAGUAGUUCAACUUCACCUCCUGGAAAUGGUGGUAAUGGUGGAAAUGGUAAUGGUGGUAAUGGUGGAAACGGCGGUAAUGGAUCAGGUAACGGAUCAGGUUCAGGCAGUGGAUCAGGUUCAGGCAGUGGAUCAGGUUCAGGUAACGGAUUAGGUUCAGGCAGUGGAUCAGGUUCAGGCAGUGGAUCAGGUUCAGGUAACGGAUCAGGUUCAGGCAGUGGAUCAGGUUCAGGCAGUGGAUCAGGUUCAGGUAACGGAUCAGGUUCAGGAGAAGGUGCAGGAUCAAGCGCUGUCCAAACAAUAGAGACAUUAAGUCAAUCUUCAACUUCCAUCACACCUGCAAUAUCAAGCUACGAAGGAAUUGGAUCAACACAAAAAGUCUCCACAUUUUUGGCUGGUUUUUUCAUCAUCGCUUCAAUUUUAAUUUAG